UUGUGUUUGUGUUUAAAGAGCAUUUGCAAGUGUUUGUGUUGUGCAUUUCAUUUGCAGAACAUGUCUUUUUAACGUCUUAUCCCUUUGUUUCACCUCUUUACAAGAUUAAAUGACUAGAAUUUGUGAACUUUAAAUCCCGCAGUUCCUAACAAGGAGCUUUAAUGUCUUUGUUGAUUCGAUGCCAGUAGAAACUGAAAGCAGCAACACGUGAUGGGAGAUUAGUUGUCCUUAAAUGCUCUCAUUUAGAUUUCAAAUGUUUGUUUUUUUUUAUUAAUGUUGAGCAAUACAGAUUUUUUGGAUUGCUGAAAUGUAUAUUUAUUUGACAUAUUUACUCAAUUAGAAACAAUUGCAAUAUAAAUCACUAUUAAUAAUUUGAACUGAUAGCUUAUUGCUGAUGGUAUAUGUGAAAGCAUUACUUUCUUUUAAUAGUUUAUUACACGGAAGACUGGGAAGACACGAAUGAAGAACGAGAACACAAAACUCUGACCAACCUAGCAACACCUUGGUAACUACUCAAAAGUUUUCUUUGGUUGACUCAUCUUUUAUCUUCUAGUGAGAUGUCUCUGGUUUUCCCGCGACCCAAUACCAGUGUGAUCGGCAAGAAGGACAAGCGACUCAUGGCCGAGGUGAACGCCUCCCCGCUUAAACACUUCGUCACCGCCAAGAAGAAGAUCAACGGCAUCUUCGAACAGCUGGGUGCCUAUAUCAAAGAGAGUUCAGCCUUUCUAGAAGAGACUUACAGCAAUGAGGAACUGGAUCCUGUCACUACGGAGGAGCAGGUGGCGGAGGUGCGAGGAUACCUGUCCAAAGUAGCAGGGAUCGGGGAGGUCCUGUCCCGCAGGCACAUGAAGGUGGUCUUCUUUGGCAGGACAAGUAACGGGAAAAGCUCCGUCAUUAACGCCAUGCUCUGGGACAAAGUUCUGCCGUCUGGAAUCGGACACACCACCAACUGCUUCCUGCGAGUGGAAGGGACUGAUGGGAACGAAGCGUUCCUGCUCACCGAGGGCUCGGACGAACGGAAGAGUGUUAAAACGGUGAAUCAGUUGGCUCACGCACUACAUAUGGACGAGAGUCUGGACGCCGGGUGUCUGGUCAAAGUGUUCUGGCCCAAAACGAAGUGUGCUCUGCUCAGAGACGACCUGGUUCUGGUGGACAGUCCUGGCACGGACGUCACCACGCAGCUGGACAGCUGGAUCGAUAAGUUCUGUCUGGACGCGGAUGUGUUUGUGCUGGUGGCCAACUCCGAAUCUACUCUCAUGAACACGGAGAAGCACUUCUUCCACAAGGUCAAUGAACGCCUGUCAAAGCCCAACAUCUUCAUCCUGAACAACCGCUGGGACGCUUCUGCCGCUGAACCCGAGUACAUGGAGGACGUGAGGAAGCAGCACACGGACAGGUGCGUGAACUUCCUGGUGGAGGAGCUGAAGGUGGUGGAUCGCGCUCAAGCCCCGAACCGGAUCUUCUUCGUCUCGGCGAAGGAGGUGCUGAACUCCCGGAUGCAGCGGGCGCAGGGUAUGCCAGAGACGGGUAAGAGGCCGGCGUCUCCUCUAACGUCUUUAUAACGACUGCGUUCUCGCACAGUAACGGAGUGUAUCUCGCAUUCAGCAGUGAAAACAAAGUUUGAGCAUCACACAAUCAGAGCAAAGCAGAUCACAGAAACGGUCAAAGACAUCAUGGAUCACAUCAACAUCGCCGCCGCGGAGAAGAGGGUGGUUUCUCUGGAAAAGAGGGAGUAUCUGAUCGACCGGCUGGAUUUCGUUCGCAAUCAACUCAACCUGCUCAUCCAGGACAUCAAGAAGAAGAUCGAGGCCAUCACAGAAGAGGUCAAAGACAAGGUAAACGUCAGGAAAGCCGCAGGCAUGUAACCCCGCUCCACUAGAAGAAACACUGCGUCUCGAAUCUGAUCUACUGAGGAACAAAGGAGUGAUCUUCGCCAGCCUCCAAAACAUCCGAAACUUUAUUUCCUCCGCUCUCCAUCAGCGCUAUAUAUGUGUGCGUCGUUUCGAUCGACGUGUUAUUGGAGAAACGGAGCAACCGCUGAAAUUGAGAUAGUUUGAUGUCAGUAUCUGCUGCACUGUAAGAAAGAUCUCCUCACAAGCAGCAGAAUUCACAGUAUAUCACUUUUGAGUCUCUGAACAAUACAUGCUGUUUUCCUCCAUAUUCUCCACAUAGUCCCAAAUC